AGGGGGUGGGGUUCUAUAGCAGAGCAUGUUUCAAAAAUGUUGACUUUUGGGCUCAGCACAGUCAGACAUGGGUCUUCCUGGGAUUCAGAUGUGGACAUGGACACUGUUUGUCUUUCUGAGCUGGAUGUUUGUGGGUCAAGUGGUGGCGGAACCACAGUACAUGGUAACCUUUCCUGCGGUUCUUGAAGCUGGAGCUGAGACCAAAUUCUGUGUGAGUCUCUUGCGGCCCAGCGAGAGUCUUGUCAUGACCGUCACUCUGAUGUCCAAAGAGACGAACACAACCCUCUUCAAGGAGACAUCCAGCACAGACUUUCAUACCUGCACGCAGUUUCAGGCUCCUUUAGUGCAGAACAAUGUGGUGCAGGAAUUGGAGGUGGAGGUACAAGGCGACACAUUUCACUCAAAAGAAUUGAAGAAAGUCAUGAUCAAAGUCUACAAACCAAUGACAUUCGUCCAAACAGAUAAACCAAUCUACCUCCCUGGACAAACAGUACAUUUCAGAGUCAUUUCAUUGGACACCAAGUUUAAACCUGUCAGUCAGCUGUACGACACUAUUGAACUUGAGGAUGCUAGAGGCAACCGGAUUGGACAAUGGCUUAACACCACAGCCAAUGGUAAAAUAUUGCAACUGUCUUACUCCUUGAACUCAGAGGCCACUGAAGGAACCUAUAAAUUAAUUGUGUGGAUUGAUGGACAAAAAAACAAUCACCAUUUCAAGGUGGAGAAAUAUGUUUUGCCAAAAUUUGAGGUAAAAGUUCAAGUGGCAGAUGAGAUAAGCUAUGGAGAUGAAGAAAUCAAAGUUGACGUCUGUGCAAAAUAUACUUAUGGACAGCCUGUGCCAGGCAGCAUUGAAUUUGAGCUGUGCCGACCCAGAGGUCGGCACAGCUCGUAUAGGAUUGUUGUGUUUGGUGGACAUGGACAGAGAGACCCUGACAUGUCUAUGCCGUGCUACAGGGAGAUAAAGAAGACAGAAAAGAAUGGCUGUGCAACGUUUAAGAUUCCGAUGUUCACUUUUACUAAAAAUGCCAUAAGGUUCCUGCAGGAUAAACUGUUUCUCAAAACCAGCAUGGAAGAGGAGGGGACAGGUAUUUCACACUCACAAGGGAAAACAAUAGAGCUAUCUUACACCGUUGGAAAGUUGUCUUUUAUUGACACACCCAAGAUUUAUAACAAAGGGGCAAUUGUGGAGGGAAAAGUUAAAGCAGUUUAUUUCAAUGAUACACCUAUUCCUGACAAGCUGGUCUACUUGUUUCUGGGUGAAGGAAGGCCAGCACGAGGCCGACAGAACCUCACUACUGACAGCAAUGGUAUCGCCACUUUCUCAAUAAACACAACUAAUCACAACGACAACAUUCAACUAAGAGCUAGCGUGACAUUAUUGCCGGAGCUAACAUACCAGAAUCUACACCAUGGGACUGCAGUUCAGACACUGUCUAUGGUCAAGCCAUCUUCUCCUCAUUCUAAAACAGUCAGCUCUCUAGAGGUGAAGAAGAAGUUGAAACCACUUCCCUGUGAUGGAAAAGCAACCAUAUAUAUCCAAUAUGCUAUAGCAGGAGAGACCGAGGGCUUUGUGGAUGUGAUGUGGUUGAUAUUAUCCAGAGGAGCCAUUAUCGGACAACAAUUUCAUAAGGUCGCAGUGCUUAAGGAACCCGUGACUGCAGGCGAGUUGUCCUUUCAGUUGAAAGUGACUCCAGAUAUGGCACCAAUGGUCCAGAUUGUUGCUUAUACUGUCCUCCCCAGUGAGAUUGUGAUCGCCCACAGUGAAGACUUCUCCACAAAGAAAUGCUUCAGUAACAAGGUGUCAGUAGAGUUUUCUCCAUCCUCAGCUGUCCCAGGAGAGGAAACCACCUUGCAGUUAAUGGCCCAGCCAGACUCUCUAUGUGGUGUGAGUGGUGUGGACCAGAGCGUCCUCAUCAAGGAGCCGGGGAAGACUCUGAAUGUAGACCAGAUAUUUAAUUUGUUGCCUGUUAAAAAAGCAUCUGGUAUUCCAAAUGAUAUUGAAGAUCCUGUAGGGUGUAUAAAUGUGAGACAACGAAGAUAUAUUUUGCCACUCCCUGGAUAUGGUGAUAAAGACGAUCCUUACUCCGUUUUUGAGAAAUUGGGCCUGAAGAUGGCAACAAAUCUGUUUAUCAGGAUGCCAUCAUGUGUGAACUUCAAGGGAACACCUUAUCACAAGACCAGCCUUAGCCUUUAUAAGCAUCACCCAGUAGCAUUUAAGCGCAUGGGUGUGGGCAGCAGUGCUCCUACGAGAGGGCGGGGGGAACAUGGAGCUGCUCCACCAAUAGAGACAGCCCGCAGUUUCUUCCCUGAGACUUGGAUCUGGGACCUGGUGGAAAUUGGAGAGUCUGGAACAAAAGAUGUGUCCUUAACUGUCCCAGACACCAUCACCACCUGGGAGACGGAAGCUUUCUGUCUGUCCCCUCAUGGUUUUGGCUUGGCUCCUCGUAAAGAGCUCACUGUCUUCCAGCCCUUCUUCCUCGAGCUCACCUUGCCCUACUCCAUCAUCCGGGGGGAACACUUUGAACUGAAGGCAACUGUCUUCAACUACCUGUCCAGCUGCAUCAUGGUCAGUGUGACACCAACACCCUCUUUAGAUUACACCCUCACCCCUCUCUCUGAUGACCAGUACACUUCCUGUUUGUGUGCCAAUGAACGCAAGACCCUCAGCUGGAGCCUGGCACCCUCAGUCUUAGGAGUCAUGAAUGUGACAGUGAGCGCUGAAGCUGUGACAUCCGACACAUCAUGUAACAAUGAGAUUGUAACCGUGCCAGAGAGAGGUCGCAUCGAUGUGGUCACACGGUCUCUCAUAGUAAAGGCUGAAGGAACUGAGAUGACAAAGACUCACAACUGGCUGCUCUGCCCAAAAGAUGAUGCUUUGACAGAAGAAGUAGAGCUACAACUCCCUGAGAACAUGAUUGAUGGGUCUGCCCGGGCUUCACUAUCAGUCCUAGGUGACAUCCUGGGUCGGGCCUUGAAGAACCUAGAUGGACUGCUGAAGAUGCCGUAUGGAUGUGGGGAGCAGAACAUGGCUCUCCUGGCCCCCAACAUCUACAUCCUCCAGUACCUGAGAAAUACAGAUCAGAUGACCCCAGCCAUCAAGGAAAAAGCUACCAAUUUCCUGACGAGUGGCUACCAGAGGCAGUUGAACUACAAGCAUCAUGAUGGCGCUUACAGCACAUUUGGAGGUGGAACACCGAACACUUGGUUGACUGCUUUUGUACUGAGAUCAUUCGCCAAAGCACAGUCUUUCAUCUACAUCGACCCAGCAAAGAUUGAGCAGUCAAAGACUUGGCUGGAGAGAAAACAACGUCCCAAUGGCUGUUUCCAAAAGUCAGGAACACUCUUUAACAACAGAAUGAAGGGUGGUGUAUCUGAUGAAGUUACUCUCAGUGCUUACAUCACUGCUGCAUUCUUGGAGAUGAAUAUUUCAGCUGCUCAUCCUGUGGUGAGCAAGAGCUUGUCUUGCCUCAAAGAGUCCACCAGUGACCUCAACAACACCUACACUGCAGCUAUGCUUGCGUACGUCUUCACCAUGGCUGGAGACAUGGAGACCCGUGCUCAACUACUGGAGCACCUAGACAAGGUUGCAUUACAUGACGGGGGUUUCCUCCACUGGUCUCAGACAGCAACAGAAACGUCAGCCUCUCUGUCUGUGGAGAUCAGCUCCUAUGUGAUGCUGGCCAAACUCAGUGCCUCCCCUACUGUUGAAGACCUGGGCUACACCAGCCGCAUCGUUAGAUGGCUGACAGGCCAGCAGAACCAUUAUGGAGGCUUCUCCUCUACACAGGACACAGUGGUAGCUCUUCAGGCUCUGGCUCUCUACUCCACUCUGGUGUUCAGUCCAGAGGGUUCAAGCACAGUGACAGUCCAGUCUCCCAGUGGCCAGAUGACAUUUGAUGUUAACAAUAGAAACAAACUGCUCUACCAGGAGAAGACACUGCAGGAUGUGACAGGAAAGUACAGUCUGGAGGUUAAAGGAACUGCAUGUGCUGCAAUGCAGAUUUCUCUUCAUUAUAACAUCCCAACCCCUGCUGGUGUCACCACUCUCAGUGUCAAAGUCACACCAGAGGCUGACUGCCAAUCUCUGAGACCUAAACUAACUCUGAACCUUCAGUCCCUAUUUAGUGGAAAAGAGAGCAUGACAAACAUGGUGAUCCUGGAUAUCAAAAUGCUUUCUGGAUUUGUCCCACAUCCAGAGUCUUUGAAGCAGCUCAAACGCGCUGUGCUGGUGGAUCGUGUUGAAGUAAAGGAAGAUCAUGUUCUCAUGUACUUAACAAAGUUAAUAAAGAACACACCCAUCAAACACAGCAUAGAGCUCACACAGGAGCUCGAAGUGCAGAACCUGAAGCCUGCCUUGGUUAAGAUCUAUGACUACUACCAACCAAGUGACAAGGAUGAGGUAGAAUACAUCUACCCUUGUGCUGCAGGUAACAAUCUCUAACAUAGUCAAGCUUAUAUAAGCAGCACCACAAAGUAAAACUCAAAUAUUGCUCAAGAACCCUGGCACCCUUGUUUAUGGUACAUUUUCUUAUGAUGUAACUAUCUCAAUUUUUAAUACUUUUUAAUUACAUUUAGUUAUUUCUCAGAAAGAUGUAGGACAUUUUUGAAUCAGUCAAUAAGAUGUAAACAACACAUAAUGAUUAAUUAACUAUAGUAUUAAAGUGAAUGUGUCAAUUUAGUAACCAAAUGAAGCCAAAGAAAGUUACUGAAACAUGCCGAUUGUGUGCACUUGAGUGAAGUAAUCACAAUUCUUCUCUGAUUUGCAGCUUAAUGAGUGAAGUGAAGUCACACAUCUCAAGCCCCAGACUCUUACUGAUGAGACUAAUGUAUCAAUACAGUUUAAUAAAGAUAAACUACAUUUAAUUUCCA